UGGGAAGUCAAUAUGGCGUCUAAUUUGAGACGAAUCAAUAACGAGCCACAUCUUAUGUGAAGAUACUUGAAAAUGACUGGGAACGAUGGAAAAUUGGAACACACUGUCUUCUGUCCCGAAAAAUGUUCAUUACGUCACAACGAGAUGAUUCUUGCAUUAUGUGGCAAUGAAGAUCACAAAAAACCAUCGGAUUUGUCAUCUUUAAAAGUUGCACUCUACUCUCAUCUUCAAAAUGGAUGGAAUGCCCAUUGUAAUGUUCCGGAUGCUCUUCCAGAGUUCCGCUUCCCGCUGGUUCACUGGGCAUGCGUGUUGGGUAGAACUCAAGCUUUGAACUGGCUUCUUACAAAGCUGAAAUUCAAGGCAUUUGUGACAGUCGAACGAACCGGCGAAACGGGUUUGCAUCGAGCUCUGAGGCUACUUCAUCAAGUGGAAAGUCGCGAUGCCAAGCCUCGGUCUGUCAGAUUCAUUUGCAACAAGUUUCGUUCGAUUGUUGUCAAGCUAACUGAGCAAGACCCUAGUGGCUUGUUUUUGAAAGACAAAGUUCAAGGAAAUACGGUUUUCCAUAUGUGUGCACUCUGUAUAAGCGAACAGGAAUCUGUCAGUAGUGAAUUAGAUUACUACGACAAUUGCAUGAAAAUCUUGCUCCAAUGCGUCGAUGAGCUAAAGAAUACAGAGAAACUGCCCACAGAUGCGCUGCACAGAGCCAUCAAUUCCCAAAAUGACAGAGGCGAAACGAUUCUUCACAUACUUGCACGGAACAAUUACUCCUUCCUAACGGUCAAGUAUAUCCUGUCCGAUCAUAAAGAGAUUGUGGACAGGGUUAGAAAGAACCAUGAACACAUGACCCCGCUUGACAUUGCUCGCGAUCGACAGGCAAACCUCGUAGAAAAAGAACUUGAUUCUGAAGGAGUUGGAAUAGAUCACCUUGCGCGGAAUCAUCCGGAUUUAUAUCAGCUUUAUACUCAAGAUACUAACGAUGCUUACCUUUGCGAAGACCAGUUUUCGCCUAAUGGUCAAGUCACUCUUAGCACUGAUAAUUCUGUAACCACGGCCCAAGAUUCUUCAAGGGCGUAUCCUUUGCGUUUAAGUAGUUUGGUUCAAAGAGAAGGGUUUUAUUGUUCGUCCUCUUUAGAUCCGCAGAGAUCUUCUUCGGAGGAUAGUUCACAGGACGAGGGAGCUCAGUCUCCGUCAGUUCUUGACAGUCUUUCAGUUCCUUUGUCACAGAGUCUUUCAACGAGUACUGAAAACACUGCUGCGUAUGACAGCCAGUCGACUGUCGACUCUGAUUCGGAGGGUGGAUCUCAACGCAACAGGAAUGAAGAUGACAGCGGCGUUAUUGUAGUUGUCGACGAAGAUCCUAUACGAAUGCGCGUACAAGACCAAGGUGAUACAUGUGUUGUUAAAGAACUCAACAAUUGCACAGUUCCAUCCGUCCCUAAUUGCGAUAAAAACGUUGUCGUAGUGGAUUUUCCUUCUAGUUCAAAUUCAUGCCCAGGAAGUGUUCUAUUUUCUGAACCUGGGUUAGCAAUGGAAGAAAGAAAGGACGUGCCAGCUUUGACGGGGCGAAACGCCCAAGAGGAGAGUGCAUGUGAUGCACUUGGUGACCGUCCAUUAUUUCGUGAGAAUAAUGUGUCCAGUGCUCUUGCAAAAGUUAUUCGCGAAGAGACUGAUGUUGCGAGUAUGUUGGUGGCGAGACUUCAAGAUAAAAAGGAACAAACCCGUGUGACUUUGCGGGCAGCGCAGCGAUCGCUGAUAGAUAAACAGGCAACAGAGAUAGCGGCCACCAACAAUCUUCAGCAACUGAAAGUAGAGAUGGAACAUUUAAGAACUCAAAACGAACAUGUGAAGCGUAGAAGGGAAGAAUUGUUAGCAGAGCUUAAGAGUAUAGAGGAAAGUGUGAACCAUUUUGAAAAGCAGUCGCUUACAGUUCAGUCUAAGAUCGAAGAACAAGCUAAGGUCGUUGCAAGUUUAAAAGCAGAGCGUGAAAAGGCCAACAAAGAGUGUGUUUCUCUAAAACGCAAAUUUACCGAAUAUAGCGAAGCUUUAAAUGACAUUGGUUCCCCUUGUGAGGGGCCAAAAACUAAAAAGGAGUGCUUUGAAAAUGUUGCCUCUCAGUAACAUUGCCCAUAGCAAGCACAUUCUUGUCACACACUAGGUAUUACGAGUUAUGCUGAAUCGGAAUUGUAGUAUUUGCAAUACAUAGAGGUGAGAAAAUAUUAGCCGAUGUUCUGUUGCUAGAGUCUAGAGUGGUCCUUCAUCUGUAGCAUCAGAGUGUGAAACGAGACUGAACUGAUUAGCUGUCAA